CCGAAAAGUUAUUUAACGUUAAUUCUAAACGGCUAAGCUAAUGCUAGCUGUACUCGACUCUGCAUGACCCAACACGACUGUCACGACGUGACCAAACCUACAGAACGUUUACUUUACCGCAUUGAUUAGCCAGCUAACCGACCUCAGUAUGGCCAGUUCCAUGGUGGCAGUGGGACUGGCUCUGGCAGCAGCUGGAUUUGCAGGUCGCUAUGCCAUGCAGGCCAUGAGGCAGAUGGAGCCUCAGAUGAAAGUGGCCCUUCAGAGUUUCCCCAAGACGGCUUUUGGAGGAGGAUACUAUCGAGGAGGAUUUGAUCCUAAGAUGACAAAGAGAGAAGCUUGCCUGGUUUUGGGCGUCAGUCCCACAGCUAACCCGAAUAAGAUCAGAGAGGCACAUAGAAGACUGAUGAUCCUGAACCAUCCAGAUAGAGGUGGAUCUCCCUAUAUAGCAGCGAAGAUAAAUGAAGCGAAGGAUUUAAUGGACGCCCAGACAAAGAAAUAGAACAUGCCGGCUUAUCCAUGCUGUUGCACUGACGGACUUAAGCGAUUACCAGACUUUUGUAACUGAUUCUCAAAUAAAAUCACACUGUAUAUAAAUUGGUAA